UCAUAUGAACCUUGAACUUGAACUAGGUCAAGUUGCGAUGACGUCGGGAAAAAUACGAAUGACGACUGUUUUGAUCAGCUGAUGCAUUGUUCCGCUAGUUUGGUCACGUGCUUGUGUGAUUGUGUAUAUGAUGGCAAGCAGACGAGACGAAGAAGUUUAUUAUCGGGAAAGAGACCCGUGAACAUCCGAUCUCACGACACAAGGAGGCUGGAAAUACAAAAACGUGAGACUAGACACAUCUCUCCUUGAUGCUGGUACAACGUCACUAUCAAGUUACGGAGAGAAAUCCUUCCUUCCGCACCAUUAAAAAUUCUAAAGCUGGUCACAUGCUGAAGUCCAGCUCUCGGUGAAGCACACAAGUGAGCUUGAUCUCCUCUAUGAAGACUUUUUCUGUUAUCCUCUACAGACUCAUGACAACUCUCGGCAGUUCAAGAAUUGCAACUAUCCAGUCAUCUGCCGUUGGAAGGACUGCUGGAGAUUACUUCCGACUGGCUGGAGGGUAAUCCUGCUGGAUUUUCUAGGCCCUGCUGGGUCAACCAUUACGUAAAUACUCAGUGACACAUGAUAAUAGGAUUUUUAUGCUGCCUUUCUUGUUAUUGUUUUGUUAUGGAGGCAGUAACUGUAUGAGACAGAUUUUCUCCCAGGAGUGGUUGAGGAACUAUAAUAACUGGACCAAUUUAUACACCAGUUGACACUUUAUAGACCAGUUGACAAAACAAGGGAUUUCACGGUCAGUUUUAUACUAUUAAGUCCUGUUUAAAUCAAAGCAGCAUUUAUAAUUUAACAUUAAAAUUAAUUAUCAAAAAGAUUGAUUCAAACCACAUUUGCAAUAUUUUCAUAAUCAAAUUUUAAUAUUUCACUCAAAGACAAGAUUUGUUUUGAAAUUUCAUUUAAUGUUUGUGAAUGAGUUGGCAUUUCUAAGAAACUUUCAAUAUUUAAAAGGAAGUUUUCAACGAAUUGAGGAAUAACUGUGCAGUGAUACUGUUUUACCAAACCUGUGCAUAUCAUAUUUGUUCUGAUAUAGGGAUUUUGAAGGUGACAGUGCUAUAUUAUAGAACUCUAUAUACAAGAUUAUAAUCAGAAAUUAAACUACAUUCUACAAGUCUUAAGUGAAAUAACAAUGGGUAAAGGUAAACACCCUGACAAGGAGCAGGAGGACAUGGAAGAGGUUCCGGUGCCCCCUGAUGGCGGAUGGGGCUGGAUGGUUGUUCUCGGCUCAUUUGCACUCCACAUCAUUGCGGAUGGAAUUGUUUACUCGUUCGGAGUGUUCUAUAUAGACUUUCUGGAAUACUUCAAGGGGGGCAAAGGAGAGACCUCCUGGGUCGGGUCCCUUGUGCCUGGAGUAACACUCACAGUGGGCCCUAUUUCAAGUGCUCUUACAAAUCGUUAUGGUUGCCGUGCAGUGACGAUAGCAGGUGCCUUAAUAGCCUCCCUUGGCUUCAUCCUAAGUCUCUUCGCCCCAAACAUCUACUACCUCUAUUUUUCAUUUGGUAUCAUGUCCGGUCUUGGAUUUGGACUCAUGUACCUGCCUGCCAUUGUAAGUGUAGGACACUACUUUGAGAAGAAGCGUGCCUUUGCCACUGGGAUAGCUGUUUGUGGUUCAGGAGUGGGAACGUUCAUAUUUGCUCCUCUGUCCAAGUUUUUGCUGGAUGAAUAUACUUGGAGAGGAGCUACUCUAAUUGAGGCAGGAAUCAUUCUUAAUUGCAUCAUUUUUGGAAUUUUAUUCCGGCCAUUGUUACCUUCGAAAAAAACAAAAUCAAAAUAUGAUGUUGAAGCAAAUGGUAAAAGUGAAAAGGAAGCACUUGUGAAAGAGAAGGGAGAUAGUAAACGGAAUUCUUCCCUUCGUAUCCCGUCGAUGACAUUAACAACAGAGCCAAGUUCUCCUUCGUCCUUGGUGGCAUUUGAUGCCAAUAAAAUUCUUGCUCAUGUUAAAGUCGAGGAGAAUGGAAUAGCUCAAAUGGUAAGAAGUGAUGGUGCUCUUCAUAGAUUAAACGAUUAUUCAUUGUCUCCGCCACAUUCUCCUACAAGUAAUGUGGCCCCUGUGAUUCUUCGCUCAGGAACGUUCAGACGACAACAUUCCACCAUGUCAUCAGCAAGCCAUUUGUCUCCUCUUGCUCGUAAAGACAUUUUCUACAGUGGAAGCUUGAUCAACAUUCCUCAGUAUAAAUCCAAUCCAGAUCUCUAUGUUACAAGUGUUCUUUCUAUUCCAGAACAAGUUGCUAAUGAAGAUGAUUGGUUUAUUUUCCGAUGUUUAAAUCUUUCCCCAGAAAUACGUGAUGCAGUGAGACAGAUGCUGGAUUUCUCUCUUCUGAAGGAUCCAAUUUUUCUCAUGUUUGUUGUGUCAAACUUCUUCACAAGUAUAGGUUUCAACAUGCCAUAUAUUUACCUGCCGGACAGGGCAUUAGAAUCAGGCAUUUCAAAGACAGAUGCAGCGUUGCUUGUAUCUGUGAUCGGGAUCGCUAAUACCAUUGGUCGGGUUGUGUUUGGCUGGAUGGCAGACCAGAAAUGGGUGAAUCGUUUGAUGCUGUAUAACACAGCCCUGACAAUUUGUGGUGUCGCAACAGCGCUCAGUCCUCUACAUAACAGCUUCGAGUUUCUGUUGUGUUAUGCUGCAGUCUUUGGAGCCUUCAUAGGUGUGUAUGUUGGACUGACUUCAGUAGUGUUGGUAGAUUUACUGGGACUGGACAAGCUGACCAGCUCCUUUGGACUGCUGCUCAUGUUUCAGGGAGUAGCCACUCUUAUAGGUCCACCAAUUGCAGGUUGGCUCUAUGAUGCCACAGGAAGCUACGAUGUAUCUUUCCAGCUGUGUGGGUCGAUUGUGGCACUAAGUGGCUUUAUGUUGUACUUCAUUCCAUUAGUCCAGAAAUGUAUCGGUCGUACAGGACCAGUCGGUAAAGGUGUUGAACUGACCGUCAAUGUGGAUAGUAAGGAAGGAGAGGGGGACCAAUGAAAUUACUUCAUAUAAAAGUGCUUGAAGUGAAGAUUAAUAGCCUUCCAUGGAAGGUGACUGCUUGUAUUGCAUGUUACGGAGAUAUUUUUGCACCUCACUGAUUUUUUGGAAAGACUUUGUUUGAUCUUGUCAAUGAUCAUGUUGCAUAAUGUUUGGAUUUAUGGAAAUCCUUGAUACCUUAUUACACAACAAUGAUAUAAGUGUUUAACAUUUCUGCUGUUAUAAGUUAAUAUUCUGGCUAUAGUAGUUUUAAUUCAUAUCCAUUAUUAUGAAAACUACUGCUGAUAAUGAUCCAGUUAAUAGGAAUAUAAAUUACACAGAUUUUUGUAGCUCUAUAAGUAUUGCUAAAUAUGUGUUAUUAGAAGGUAUAGUGUAGUGUAGAUAUAAUAUGUAUCUAGCCUCCAGUCGCCAUUGUGUGUUGUUGAUUAUUUAUGUAACCUGAGGUUUAUUGUCUUGGUUGCAUUUUGUGAUUUGGGGAUUUCAUUUAUUUACUUGUAAAUUGGUGUAUAGCUAGUCCACUAUAUACUUUAGUUAGAAUGCUUAUAAAUUUAUUUUAUUACUUUCGAAGUAAUAAAAAGUUAGAAAGUUUGUGUCCAUUAUUCUGUUGUAGUCUUCAUUAAUUCAGGAACAUCGGACAUUUUCUACACAGAAAUGGAAACUUCAAACUACUAGAACUUGAAGUUAACAAAUUAAAGUCGUAAUCGGAGGAGAUGUGAAUCCUGAAACAUUGUCUUAUGAUGUAAGGGACAUAACCCAUUCAUUGGCAUUGAAUUUUCAUCAAACUAAGGGAGGUAACUCUGCCUACAAUAUUGCCAAAUUCAUGAUUGAUGUGUGUUAGUUAAGAGAUACUUUUUAGUUAUACGAGUACUGAAACUGCUUAUUCUUCAGAAUCAACUAAACAAUAAAUGAAAGGCAAUAAAAAACCAUGAAUUAUAAUCAUAUACGAAGGAGACGACUUUUAAAAUCCAUAUUUAUGUUAAAGAUAUAUAUUUGAUAUAUUGUACCAUUGUUUUGCUGGGUCAUGAUUUAUUAUCUUGAUUUUUUUAUAUACAUAUAUACUGUGAAUUGAUAUUAUAACAUCCUUAGAGUGAUUAUAGUUUACAUACCCAGUGGAGGUAUUAUGUUAUCUACUGCCAUGUUUGAUGCUGUUAUCAUAAAAAUUCACAUUUGGAAUCCAAGGGUUCGGUUCUAAAUAUACCUGUUACCUUUGUACUGUUGGAGUAUGUCACAACAAAAUGGAAGGUUCUGUAUGCCCUACUUAUGAUAUAUAGUCAAGUCACCUAUUCUGGUAACUGGGAGAGAAAUCAUUUAUACCGUAAUCAUGUCGGUCAAUUAACAAUCAAACAUGCUGUGAGUAUUCGAAGAGUACUUAGAGUAAAUUAAAACAGAAAGGUAAAGCCAGAGCGGAACCCUUGGUUUUUGAAAUAGAUAAAAAAUGUAAAAUAUUUAAUUGAUCCUCAUGUACUACUUUCAUAAAGUGGUAUUUCGAAGAUUUUUGUUUAAUAUAUGAAAUUUGAUCAUUACUUGAUAUUUCUAUGAAAUAUACGUGUAAUGGAGGAUGGGAGGUAAUAUGACACAUUCUUGAUGAGAUGUUUUAAGUCUGUUGUGUGCUGAAUAUGUGUGUGAUGCUUUUUAAAUGUUAUAUUAAGUAAAUUUGUGAACAUGCAAUGCCAAUGAUGCAAGAGAAAUCUGAACAUGAAGCUGUGGGCUUAAGUGUCCAGUUUUAUAUUGUAGUUUGGAAAUUUUUUUGGAAGGCAUAGUUAUUUGGAGUAUGUGUUGAAUGUCUAGGUGGGAGAAAGUAUACAUAGUUGUGGGAUUAACACUGAGAGGUUAUAGUUGUAGAUUGUAAGUCUUUAAUCAAUGAUGCUAUAAUAUAUAUCUAUUGUAAGUAAUCUGAAGUUCAAAAUUUUUUUCCCCCUAAAUUCAUUCUUUAUACAUAGAUGUAUGAGAGCGUUGCUUAGCAACAUAAAUCUUGUUUAACAAGUGCAUUUUUUUUAAACAAUUUUAGUUUUCAUGUUUUUAUUUACAUAUUGUCAGAUCAUUUAUCUUUUGAAAUCAAUCAUUUUUUAAUUUGUUUCAAACACCAAAUUGUGCAUUUGAUCAAAGUUUUAAAAUGACCUGUAUCAUUAAAGGGACAUUCCUUCGUUUGAAUAAAGUUUAGGUCGUCAAAAUUAAACAUACUGGAAAAUAUGUAUUUUUUUCCAAGUAGUAAAAGUUAUGAUCUUUACAUUGAUACUUUCAAGAUAAACCAAAGUUCUUUGAGUAUCAAGUCCUGAAAAUUCUUAAUUUGACCCGAAGUAUCCAUAAUUACCGCAAAGACAAAUGGUAUUUGUAUUUGAUAUGCAUUUUUCCUGUACAUUUCGGCAUUAAUUUCAUUACAUGUAUAAGCACAAUCACUCAUAUGAUAAUCGUUUGGACAUAGAUUUCAUCAAUAGAAAUCGUUCAUGUUUCUGAUGUCUGAGCGAAGGAAUGCCCCUUUAAAUAUGUAUGUGACUGAUAUUAAAGUUAUGUAUGGAUGGAAUUUGAACAAGGGAGAACACAUUCCAGUCAGAAUAGCAAAACUGCAAUUCUAUGUAUAAGGAACCCUUCCUAGAGAAUUUUUAAUACCUGUGUAACAAUGUUUUUUACCACUCGGCUUUAAGGAUUAACACUCUAAAAAGUAAAACUUGAAGAUUUCAUUUGUUGAAAAUAUCUAUUUUAGACAAAGAUUUUGCCCUGAAAAUUGCCAAGCUUACCAAAUCACUAGAGUCCUCAACUUGAGACUUUUUAGUUAGGAGAAUUCAAAAUCUAAAGUCUUUAAAAUUUCUGUUUCUGUUUGAAAAUUAUCUAUAGUCUCCAUGCAAACCUGUAUAUUUCUUUGUAUUUAGCCCUUGUAUUAUCAAUUUUAGUUAAAUGUCAAAAUUUGAUUACAUUGUAGCUGCCAUUUAACUAUUAUUUUAUGCUAUUUUGAUAUUGUUUUUCAUAACUUAAAUAGUUGUGAAGCCAUACAAUGAUAACAAACAUUUAAUUUUAAUUCUUGUGUGAUUCAAAUGAACAAAGAUGUCUCAUUGUUGAAGAAAUGAUAUUUUACUACUCAUAAAUAUACAUUGUCUAACACAAAACAGUUUUAGGAAUUGCAAUGUAACCCUUUUAACCAAUAAUUCAAUGAACUGUAUAUCAUAUAGAUUAAGAUUAUGAAAUCAAUUACUUCAAACGAAAUGUGUGUAAGUGAAGUUGUUAUAUUCUAAAGUUAUGUGUUUUUUUAAUUAAAAUGUUGGCGCAAAAUGAUUUUUUAACAGAUUAUGAAAUGACCUUAAUUUGCUCAAUUUGUUAUCUUUUUGUUGUAUCGUUUAGCAAUUUUGAUUCUGUGCAGAAAAACGUAUACAACUUUUUAAAGCUGAAGAAAUCUUCAGUGCUAACAGAUAGAUAAAAACAACAUUUUUUGUGUGUUAACUGAUUCUAAUUCAUUUAAAACAUUUUCCAAAUAGGUUUUUUAAACCAUGAGUUAUACACAGCAUCAAAUUUUGAUUUACUUUAUAAAGCCAGUUUUGUGUAGUGCAAUAAUUUUUUCAUAUUGAGAAUGCUGUAUCAAUAUCUAUUUUAUCGUUUUCCUAGCUAAUGAGUCCGAGUGUUCAGAGGUACUCUUUGUGACCAGAAUGAAAGUAUGGCAUACAUAUUUUAUAUGACAAAUAAUGCAAACAUUAUAAAAUAUAAAUUUGAAAAUUGUUUUAAUUUGAAAUGUCAUAAGGAUAAGAGAAUCUAGACUGGCUAUGGUAGAUGGUCAAUAAGAAAGGAUUGCUCAAACUAUGGACUUGUUGCUUAGAUGGUAUUCUUGUACAGCAUUAAUGUCAAAAAGUCAGUCGUUGUCGAGGAUAUAGAUUAAGAUUACAGUCAAAUAUGUCAGUAGGUAGGAUCUAGAGCACAAUACAUGAUGUUGUAAAAUAGUUACCACAUCCGUAAAGAGGAUCUACAUUGCUCAUUAACUAUAGUAAUGUUUAAAGGUAGUCCAGAGUCAAUGUGAAGGAUCUGCAGUGCAAGACCACGAUGAAUUUUAACUGCCCAGCAAUGAUAAUGGAAUAGAAUGGUCAAACAAUGGUAUUGGUAAGAUGGCUAUAAAUCAGGACGGUCCACAGUGCUGUUGAUAAGGUAAUGUUUGAUGGUUAGUCAAGGAGAAAGGUAUAAAGUGCUAAGAUCAUGAUGAGAGUGUCUUUUCAGUGCUAAGACUAUUGCUAUGUUAUAUAGCCAGUCUAUGAGGAGGUUGCUCAGAUCAUGAUUUAAUUGUUGAAUAGCUUAUCAAUGAGGGUUUGAGUGCCGUGACUAGGUUGUGUCAAAUAGUCGACCAAUAAGGGGUCUAAGUGCUGUGACUAGGUUGUGUCAAAUAGUUGACCAAUAUGGGGUCUUUAGUGCUGUGACUCUAGUGUCAAGUAGUUGACCAAUGAGGGUCUAAGUGCUGUGACUACAGUUUGUGUCAAAGAGUCGACCAAUAAAGGGUCCUUAGUGCUGUGACUCUAGUGUCAAGUAGUUGACCAAUGAGGGUCUAAGUGCUAUGACUACGGUUUUGUCAAAGAGUCGACCAAUGAGGGUCUAAGUGGUGUGACUACGGUUUGUGUCAAAUAAUUGACCAAUAAGGGUCUAAGUGCUGUGACUACGGUCUUGUCAAGUAGUUGACCAAUGAGGGUCUUAAGUGCUGUGACUACGGUAAUGUCAAAUUCUCCACCAAUGAGUUACAGUACAACGUCCGAAGACAGAGUUAUGUCAAAUAUUCCAGGGAGUCCUGCAGUUCUCAAACCACAGUAUAAUGUCAAAUAGCCAAUACAUGAAUGGUUUAAGUGCUGUGACUACAGUAAUAUCAAAUAGCCAGUUAAUAAGGAUGGCAUAAAGAAUGGGGAUGAGACAUUUCAGACCAACUGAUGCCCGUACUGUUUCAAUGUUAACAUUUAAAAAGAUGUAUGCAUGCUGAUGUCACCACCUUUGUUCAUAUACAUGUACCUAGAUAUUUUUUUUUCAUUUUAAAAUAUACCAACGGUUCCCUUUUAUUGCAACUUUCAUGAACAAUUUUUAAAAAUCCAAUCAUGAUUAAUGUUUGUGAUAUGUUACUAUAAAUGAUAAUUUUUUGAAGGUGCUUUGAAGGAAUUUAUAAUUCAUCAGAUUUUGUUUUGUUUGAAAUGGAAGCAAUAUUCGAUACAAAAUCACAUUCCAUUGGCCGUUUUUUAUGGCCUGAAACACAAAUCAUGCUCAGACAUAUUUUUAAAAAUAUCUUUAGCCAUGUUUGUAAAUAUUACACCGAAGUAACAUUUUUAUUUUUGUCUUUAACUAAAUAAUACCCCUUUUAAACAUGUAAGAGCUUUGUCGAUCUUAAAUAUUUAAAAGUUUAAUUUCAUUGUCAAUUUCUAUAAUUCACCCUUUUUAUAACUGCAGUAGAACCUGGAUAGUAUGGACUCUGAGCUGAUAUUUUCUUCCACGAGAAACUACUAAGUUUUUGGACUUAGAAAUACAUGUCCACAGACACUAGCCUCGACUGUCAAUACACCUGAUUUUUUUCCCGGUGCAUUGACAGACGAGACGAGAACAAACGAAACUAAAGCUUAAUUAAUCCAUUAAGUCUGAAUUAAACAAGGUCCUGCUGUACAUAAGGAUAAUGAAAGGGUUCGUAUGUGGUGUAGUAUAAUGUAUGUAGUUAGAACGCGUGGUAACCUGGCAAAACAGACUUAUAUAUUAUGAAUACUAGUAACUAUAUUAAACAACACUGAUUCAGUUAGAAAUGAUGCUAUAGCAGGUAGCUGUUUACCCAUUUAAUAUUUUCAUGUUUUAAAGUCUGGUUUUCUGUCUGUGACUUUCUAGUCAAAUGUUCGCUCCUAAUUGUCGUGGGUUGAUACUAGAAUUAUGACAGCAUAUCCCCUGAAUACCCAAGAUAAAAUUGACACGAAGAAAAAAAUUGUACUCCUAGCGUAUUUGUAAAUGAAUACUGAAGAAAAAUAAGUAACGUAGAAAAAUGAAUACUGUAGAUAUUGUAUAUUUUCUGGUAGCUUAUGUAGAUUUUUUAUGUGUUUAUUUCUCAUGUCUAUUAAACUUAUCACGAAGAAGCACGGUGACACCAAUUUCAAACAAAUGGCUAAUACAAAUUUGUAUCAUACAUUUUUUUGUUGGUUAGAAAUUUGUGUCAAAUCCCUGUGAAUGAAGUGAUUUAUAAUCAUAAUUUAGUUCAUUUCAUAUUUUUUCCAUCAUUAAGAUCAAAUUAAUCAUGUCGAGUGAAAAAAGGUGAAUGUACGAUGCCGUUUGUUUUAAGAUUAUAUAAAUAUUUUGGAGAAUACAUAUGCCUACAUAUCAUCUCUAAGACUUGGAUGUGGGUGGUAUGAUGUAACGGAAUAUUUCUGGGGGGUGUUUUGUAACAGAUGUCAGGCUUAAUGUUGUUCAGACAAUUCCAAUUUUUUCGUAAAAAAGAGUUACCUACUCUUGUGAGCAGGUACUGCUUGUUAUGUCUUUAACUUGAGUGAGAAAAUUUCGUCAUUUUCUCAUGAAUUUAUGGCGUCGCUCUCACAAACAAAAGAGUAACAAUCAAAACCUUAUCAAAAGAGCAGAUAGCUCUGCAUCGAGAAAAGAUGGAAUAUACAGACGUGAAAGUCUGUAUUAAGAUACUUAAUAUGUAGACAUCCUAACAAAUGUUUUUGUUAUGUUUAGAUGUUAUACAUAUCAAAAAGAAAGUAUUUUUCCAUAUUAAGAUAAUGGUAGUGUAUCCUGGAAGACAUUUGUGGUUGUCAGUAUAAUGCACUUAUAUGCAUCUAACGUAAAGUAUCGUAUAAUGGUUACACACAAACGCCAAGCAGAUUUAUGUAUUGAGCUCCUAUACAAUCCAGGCAGAUGUUUUAAGUGGGAUUCUUUUUCUCAAAUUGUGACAUCAUAUUUUUCGCGCCAUUCUCGGAAUUUCUUUCAUAGAAGAAUGAAAAGAAUUAUCGACCAAUCACAUUUGAAUAUUUACCAUGAAAAAAAGAGAAAAAUUAAUUAUUUACAAUUCAAGUGGAUGUUUCUGUAUCAAGAUCAUUAACAAUUAGAGUAGAUGUUUCUUUGUUAAGAUCAUUUGCCAUCAAGGUGAGAUGUUUCUAUACUAAGUUCAUUAACAAUUUAGGGAGAUGUGUAUGUACUAGAAUCAUUUAUAGUCCAGGUAUAUGUUUCUAUAUUAAAAUCAUUUACUAUUCAGGUAGAUAUUUCUAUAUUGAAAUAAUUAAAAAUCCAGGUAGAUGUUUCUUUAAUAAGAUACUUUACAAUUCAAGAGGUGUUUCUUUAUUACGAUAAUUUAAAAUCCAGGAAGAUGUUUCUGUAUUAAGACCAUUUAAAAAGCAGAUAGAUGUUUCUAUAUUAAGAUCAUUUACUAUCCAUGAAGAUGUUUAUAUAUCAUAUGUAAGAUCAUUAACAAUUCAGGUAGAUGUUUCUAUUUUUAAGACAAUACAGAAUGUUUAGACAAAGAUUAGUGUAUUAAGAUAAUAUAAAAUCCAGGUUGAAAGACGCUUGUGAGGUAAACUAAUAUAGAACCUAAGCAGAUUUUCUAUAUUAUGAUAAUAUACCAAUGUCUGUAUCAUCAGGUAAUACAGAUCUAUGUUAACACAAAUAUUCAUGCGCUAAAUUUAGUUGUCCGCUUGGCGAUCUGUCUCUUAAAAAUAAAUAUAUAUUAAGGCAAACAAUAUAUAUAAUGUAAAAGCGCAAUACAUGUAUUUUGAUUUAAGUGAUUAUGAUGUAGUCAUAUAUAUACAGACAUUAAGGGCGUUUGUCUAUGAUGAGUAUAAUUUACAAUUAUUGGCUAUAUAACAGACUAAAUUGACGUCCAUACAAAGGCAUGUGAUAGCUAUACUCAACACACGAUGUUGCCUUGUUUUACCAACGAACUUGUACACAAAUUAGUUAUGAAACUAAUAAAUAUGUAUGAAAUCGUA